AUGGCGAUCAACAGAGAAACUUCAGUACUUAGUGUCCUUGUAAUCUUCCUCAUGAUCAUAUCACGUGACCAUACAUCUAUGUGCGUACAAGGCCGGCAUUUGAGGCCGCCGACGGUGAGUGAUCCUUCUACCAAGGUGUCGUCCGAGCUACUAGGCGGGAAGGUGGCGGCGGCGGGCGGCGGCGUGGGGAGGAAGAUGGAUUACAAUGUGGAUGAUUUCCGACCAACCACGCCGGGGCAUAGCCCGGGAGUUGGGCACUCCAUCAAUAAUUAA